AUGACCAGGCAAUUCAAAGGCUCAGGCUGCAUCAUAUGUGGGCGAAACCUCCAACACCCAUUCCUCUUCUGCUCCAUAGCUUGCAAGGUUCAUGACAAGGUAAGCUCCAAAGUGAAUCUAAGAAAACAACAUUUGUACAAAUGUGGAAGUUUAGUGGAGCUCGAAGAUGGCCAAUUGACACCUGACUUGAUCCUUGAACAGCCUAUUUCACUGCGUGCUUCUUCAGUUUCAGGGUCAAGCUCCGGUGGUGCUAACAAUAUAAAUUGUAGAACACUUGUUUGCACUGCAACCAGUGAGUUUGUGAAGAAGAAACGUAGCGCCAUUGCUGUUUCUCGGACUCCUUACCGGCCAACAUGCUCGCCGGCUUCAGAGGUGGCCCCCACUAUGAACCGGCGAAAGUGUACGCCUCACCGGUCGCCGAUGUACUAG